UUAUGACACUUCCCAGCAGGCUGACAUUCCCACUGCCGCCAGGGAAGUCGUCGUCGAAGCUACGGACGAGGCUGCGGGCGUGAGGAGCACAGCGAGACGUAAGCAUCAGAGGAAUGAGUGUUUGGAUUAUCGGCAAAUGUGUGUGCAGUUCGUAAACUUUAAUGUGUUUGCAGAGGCAGAGGAUCCACCGCGCGGCGCAUCAGUCACGGAAAGGGUGGCCGCUGCACCUGUGUUUCAACAUCCUGUACGGCCACCACGUCGACAGCGACCGCGACGGGUGGACACCCUCACCACGAUGUCGCAGUGCGUCCGCAGCUUCGAACAGGGCGACGAGAUGCUCCAGGUGCUGCGGAGGAUUGAAGAAUUUACUACCCGCCUCGCUGUCGCGGCAGAGAGGACGGCAGCGGCUCAGGAGGGCAUCCUGGAGCAGGUGUGCUCUACGGCACGAGACAUAGGUUCGCACCUGGAUCAAGAAAGAAAUUGCAUGAAAAUAAACUGUUCCAUUGCCAAAAUAAACUUACCACAGGUUCCGAUGCCACCUCCGUCAACUCUAGCAGGGCUUCGAAGUGGGGCCCUUUGA